UCCAGAGAGAGCAGGGAGAGGCCCCCCUCACCCGCAGGCUGGCCCAUCUCAUCUGGUGCUGCCCAGAGACGGACACUCCUGCCACAUCUGCCUUCUAAGGCUGGGGUGGUCGCCCCCAGGAGAGAGCCCCGUGAGAACAAGAGGCAAUUUUGCUAUGGCCACGCGUCUGGGGGCACUGGCUGCUUCGGGUCUGUACCGGCGGCGCCAGCACCGGCCGAGCCCCCCAACCCCCACACCCGGCAACAUGUCCAAUGCCUUGGCCAAUGCCAUCUGCCAGCGCUGCCAGGCCCGCUUUGCUCCUGCUGAGCGGAUCGUCAACAGCAAUGGGGAGCUGUACCAUGAGCACUGCUUCGUGUGUGCCCAGUGCUUCCGGCCAUUCCCUGAGGGACUCUUCUAUGAGUUUGAAGGCCGAAAGUACUGUGAACACGACUUCCAAAUGCUGUUCGCUCCGUGCUGUGGAUCCUGCGGUGAGUUCAUCAUUGGCCGUGUCAUCAAGGCCAUGAACAACAACUGGCACCCCGGAUGCUUUCGCUGUGAGCUGUGUGAUGCCGAGCUGGCUGACCUGGGCUUUGUAAAGAACGCAGGAAGGCACCUGUGCCGGCCUUGCCACAACCGUGAGAAGGCCAAGGGCCUGGGCAAAUACAUCUGCCAGCGGUGCCACCAGGUCAUGGACGAGCAGCCCCUCAUGUUCAAGAAUGACGCCUACCACCCUGAUCACUUCAACUGCACCCACUGCGGGAAGGAGCUGACUGCUGAGGCCCGAGAGCUGAAGGGGGAGCUCUACUGCCUGCCUUGCCAUGACAAGAUGGGCGUCCCCAUCUGCGGGGCCUGCCGCCGGCCCAUCGAGGGCCGUGUGGUCAAUGCGCUGGGCAAGCAGUGGCACGUGGAGCAUUUUGUCUGUGCCAAGUGUGAGAAGCCAUUCCUGGGCCACCGACACUACGAGAAGAAGGGCCUGGCCUAUUGUGAGACCCAUUACAACCAGCUAUUCGGGGAUGUCUGCUACAACUGCAGCCACGUGAUCGAGGGUGAUGUGGUGUCAGCUCUCAACAAGGCCUGGUGUGUGAACUGCUUCUCCUGUUCCACCUGCAACAGCAAGCUCACCCUAAAGAACAAGUUUGUGGAGUUUGACAUGAAGCCUGUGUGUAAGAAGUGCUACGAGAAAUUCCCACUGGAGCUGAAGAAGCGGCUGAAGAAACUGUCAGAGCUGGCCUCCCGCAAGGCCCACCCCAAGUCUGUGGGCCUCAAUUCCACUUGAGAGGCCUGCUGCUGCCUGCUGCCUUUCUCCUCUUCCUGCCCGGUAGCUUCCUGCACCUUUGUUUGCUGCCACGACCCUUGUCUCGUCGUCCUUUGCCUGUCCCCUCUCCCAUUUCUGCCCUCCCUUUCUCUACUCGUGAUUCUUCCCUUAUCUCCAUCUUCUCUGGUGUCUCUUCCUCUGCCCUCCUCCACAUGACUUUUCUCUUCUUCUGUGCGCUGUGCAGCAUGGAGGGGUGCUGGAGCUAUGAGUCUGCAAGGGGCCUGUGCCCACAGUCUUCACCCUGAAGUCCUCCAAGGACAGGAACAAAUUGGGACCUGGGGUCACUUGGCCCUGGCUGUGGGCUGCAGCCACCCGCCUUGCCCACCCAGGUGUCCCAUCAACUCAGGGAUCUGCUGGCUCACAUUCUUCUGUGAGAGCACAGUGACCCCACUGUGCGCGCAGAGCCUCGGGGCAGCUGCCCCAGCCCCAGGACCAGGUCCCCCAGGAACGGCCCUUCCAUCUCUUCACCACAUGUUCACUAACCUAAGGAGGAUACUGGGCAGCAAGUCCUACCACUGCACCCCACAAGUUUGCAGAAGGACACAACGCCCCCACCAGCACUUAGGCUUCUUUCCUGAAAUCCUGCCUUUGCUGUUCCACCCUAGGCCUGGGAAUGCUAUGGUCCCCCCAAGUUUCUCUGUGACUCCCCAUAACUCCUUCAGGGCACACACUGAGCUGGGGAGGACAUCUAGGAGCAGGAAGAGCCAGGUGGGUGGCUCAUUUCUUCCCCCCAGGGGGGAUUCUUCCUUCCUGGACACGCAGGACCUGAUGCUGGGAUGCACGCCUGCACUAUAAAUGAAGGCUAUACCACG